UCUUCUAUACAAUUUAGAACAAUAAUUAAUUACUUUUGAGUACGGUGAAUCUUAUUGGAUAAAGGAAGAGAUACUUUGAAUAUUUAUAAAUCUAUCCACUUCAUUAUAAAUUACACUUUUUCCUCUAUAAAAUUGAGAUACAAAUUAACAUUUGAGAAUCAGCAUGACUCAAGGUAUUAACUUCUCCCUUUUUCCCUUUUAACUCUUUUCUAAUAGAUAGUAAAGGGUUGCUGCCGUUGAAGAUAGAAUCAGUGUUCUACCAAGUAACGUUAUAGAUCAUAUCCUCGAGCUCUUGAUGGUUCAUGAGGCUGCAAGAACUAGUAUUUUGUCCAAAGAUUGGAGAUAUAGUUGGGCCAAGCUUCCCAAUUUGGUGCUUGAUAAGCAAUUCUCCAUGAAAUUAGCUAAAAAAUCUCACAAUGUCUUCAAAGAAACAAUAGAUAUGAUUCUCUUACAACAUAUUGGAGAUAUUGUGAAGUUUUAUCUUGAUGUUUCAGGAGUACAUUUGUCUACAUAUGCAGAUAUUGAUAGAUGGAUGCUUUAUGUCACCAGAAAUGGUGUCAAGAAGCUAAAGCUUAACAUGACAAAAGAUGGUACUUACAAACUACCUUCUUAUAUAUUUAAUUGUCCAACACUGACUCAUUUGAAACUCUUCAACUGCAACUUCAAAUUACCAAAUUCUUUUCUUGGCUUACAGACUCUUACCGUCCUUCGGUUGGAAAAAAUAACCUUUGUGCCUGCAAUAGAGUUUUAUACUAUCAAUGUGCCCCUUCUUGUCAAACUAACCAUAGAUUUAUGUGAUGGUACUCAAUACCUCAACAUUGUGUUCUCAUCUGAGUUGAAAUCCUUGGUUGUUCAUGAGAGUCACUAUAAUCUUGACCUAAGUAACAACUUCUUUAAGAAGUGCAAAAAAUUGACAGAUUUAUACCUUGUGAUUGAUAAUCCAAUACCUGCGGAUAAUAGAUUAACUUUGGAAAAGCUUCUUUUUAGCUCGCCUACACUUGAGACACUUUGUUUGGGUAAAUUUGAACUUGAGCUUUUGACUGCAGGUGUAGUCCCAAAGAGGCUUCCUUGUAUACUCAACUGCUUGUGGCAUCUUGAUUUAGAUGUAAACUUCAAUAAAUUGGGUCAGACUUCUUACACUCUGGAGUUGAUUAAAAGUUUCCCCAAUUUUCGUGACCUUGAGAUUUGGGACAAAACUACCGAUGACAUAGUUGAAGGAGUUAUGAAAUAUCUAGACACACCAUCAUGUUUGGACAAAACCCUCAACAAGCUUGAAGAUGUUUCAAUCCAUUCCUUUAACUAUUCUAAAGUUGUACUAUAUUUCGUAAAAUUAUUGUUUGCUCAUGCUUCAUCUUUGUCAAGGAUGAGCAUCUAUCCGGAUAAAGCUUCUAAUUCCAAAGAAGAAUUGAAUGUUGCCACAGAGUUGAUGCGUUUCCCCAGAGUAUCUCCUAAGGCAGAGCUAAUCUAUCAUCCAAAUGAAGAGUUGGAUUAAAGGCCGAAUGUUGCUUUUAUCUGUUCUCAGAGAAUUUUGUUAAAGAAGGAAAUAAUUAGUUGGCGAAUUAUGUAAACUCUUGUGGUUCCUUUAUUAAAUAUGUUGCUUCAACAGUAGAUGUUUCAAAAAAUCAGUCUUUAUCGAUGUGUCUGAUAAGAUUAGCAAUGCCA